AUGUUCAGAAAUGGACCCCGUGGAAGGCGACUGUACUUCAUAUAUGACAAAAAGUUGGAGGACGCAGGACUUAAUGAAGCGGAGAAGAACCAGCUGGUGGAGAAAGAGGACAAUUUGGAGAAAGAUGAAAGGGAUUGUAGAAAGACAGUGAACAAUUUGGUAGCGAAGCUCCUGGACAUGCCCACGACAGAAUCGCGUCGAAGCUCGACAGACAGCGUCAAGAGCGUUCAAAGAAAGCGACGGCUAGAGAUCUUGCAAGACUAUGUGUCGACCCACAAAAAGAGGAAGUCGGAUGGCAAACUGGCGUUUGAUG